AUGGAAGAACGGUCGGGCCAUCUUUUUUUUGUGGUAUUUUUUUUUCUGUGUUUAACUCAUAAUUUUUUUACAAUUGCUCACGCUGAAAAUUUAAAACCUAACGUAGUGAUUAUUACAACCAAUGAACUUGGAAUUAAAGCAAUAAAACACUACUGGAGAUACUUGAAGAAUAUUGAAGAACUAUCUUCUAAUGCGAUACAAUUCAACCAUGUGUAUUCUCAUCUUUACCCAACGUCUUCAAUGGCUGCUCUCCUUACCGCUCGCCUUCCAGUCAAAACUGGAAUGCUAAAGGGAAGGUUUUUACCUUUUACAACUCUACCAUCUAUUGCUUCAUCAGGUGGUCUUCCUUUAAGUGAAAUAACCUUGGCUGAACUGUUAAAGGAAAAUGGUUAUACCAGCAGUUUUGUGGGAUUCUGGAAUCAAGGUUUGGGGAGCUCUGGGAAAUUCCUUCCAAUAAAUCAGGGCUUUGAUUCUUGGUUUGGCAUAGUGGCACAUCCAACUAUAGAGUGCUUUGGUAAUUUUGGAAGAACACACAAAAUGGUUGUAAAUGAAACUUUUUCUCUCAUCUUCCAGAUUAUUUUCUUGUCUGUCUUCAUCAUUUUGUCUGUUUGGUGCCUCUGUUUUCUUAAAGCAAGGUUGAUAUCAUCGAUGAUUGUUCUUGGUGUUGUCUUAUAUCUAACAAAUAUCAAAUCAUCUUUCAUUGUCAACAGAGCUUGUGUAUUAUAUCAAAAUAAUCACAUUGCAGGACAACCAUAUGAUGUGGGGAAUUUGACAUUACGUUUUACCAAUGAAGCUUUGGGGUUUAUCAAAGCAACUCCAUCUCCAUUUCUAUUGAUGAUUAAUCAUCUUCAUCUGAGUUCAAGGUCAACAUCAAUGUUCUUUAAAAAUACUUCCGAGAAAAAUGAUGAAAUCAUCGACUCUCUGGUAGAGUUGGACUGGAGUGUGGGAAGUAUAUUGAAGACAAUUGAUGUUUUAAAACUCAAAAAUAAUACAAUAGUUGUAUUUACUGCUCUUUCUGGAGGUCAUAGCAUUCCAACAAAUACAUUAGAAGGUAUUGCAGGAAUUCUUAAUACAUGGGAGACACAUCUUUGUGUACCACUUUUCAUCAAAAAUCCAAUUUUGUAUCAGCAAAGGCAGACAAUUAGCCAAUCUGUUACACUUAUGGAUAUUAUGCCAACUGUACUUGAUUAUAUUGGUGCAAAAACUCCAUCACAUUCAAUAAAUGGUAAAUCUUUAAUUAAUGUUACACAGGACCAGGAUAUGGCUUUACACAAAUAUAUAUUCCACCAUCUUCAAGUAACAAGACCUUCGUCAGUCACUCAUAAAGAUUUUAAAGUGUAUUUUAGCUUUAUGUCAGAGAAAGGUUUGCAGCAUCAAGACCCUCCUUUACUUUUCAACAUUAAAGAGGAUCCAAACGAGACUUCUCCUCUACCAAAUGUAGAAUACAGUGAAUUGCUGGCUAAUAUAACAGAAGAACUAGAAAAACAGACAGUGAAUCAAAGCAGAAAGUGGAUAUCACAAUUUGAACAUCCAAUAUUACCAUGGCUGUUCCCAUGUAAUAAUUUUCCAUAUUGUCACCAAAGGGAUGUUGAAAGAUUACAGCAUGUUGUAUUUAACCAAAGUCUUUUAUUUAAAUGAAAAUAUUAGUAACUUUGGCCAUGUCA